GAAACCUACACUGCAGAACCUACCCUGCGGCAAGCAGGGCGCGAGCGACUGAUUUGCAACAUGGAGCAAAUCUUGCCUAAGCUUCGCGAAGGCGUGCCUUUGGCGCACCUCAGACACGCCGGCCACCAUUUCAGGCGUAACUCUAUACGUUAGACUUUAUUUGUGACGCCGUGCAAGAGCUCAAGCGCUCGGAAUGCGCUUUUUCUGUCGCCUAAGCCUUUCAACAUCUCACAUUCUUUAGGCUUUUCUUUGUGCUGACAUUAAGCUGGUCGAUAUUGUGCGCGGGCGGCGCGCGUAGCCUUUGCCUCUGCCCUUCCAGCCCUAGGCGGCCCUUCCCGCUUGGCCGGCUAGUUUACUGCGCGUAUUAUGAAGCCUAGGAAGAGAAGGAGCUAGCGAUUCCCCGUGGGGGUUAGGCCGGGCAACGACCCUGCACAAGUCGCGCGAUUCCUCCUUCGCGAGCAGAAUGGACGCUGCUCUCACGCUCGCUCUGAACGCCCUAGAAGACCCGGCAUGUAUGGUGGACCUGCGAGCCACGCAGCAAGCAGAGGGCUACCUCGCACAGAAUCGAGCUUGGGAACUGCUUUGCAAGCAGCUUUCUGGCGAGCCCUCUUCUUCUGCCAGGCAUCAAGCUGCUCUAACAUGGCUGCUGGGUGCCCAGGCUCAUGAACGCCUGCAAGAUCUCUGCCGCGCUGGCACCCGGCUGACGGAAGACAUUCCACAGCUGCCGCUGCCGUCUGGCGCGCAGGUCCGGCUGCGGCUGAGCGUGUCAUCGCUGUCGCCUUCAAGCCCGCUCUGCAUGGUCAUCGCCAAGCGCCUGGAAAGCCCGACAAGCCAUCCCGCAUGGCAGCCCAACGGCUUUCAGCCGCCGGUGCAGCAGCACCAGCACCAGCAGCCACCGCCCGCCGCCAGCUCCGCAGACCCGCAGCUCGCAUCGGCGGCGGCGCUCCUGCGCUGCAGCCCCCAGCCUGCAUGUGUCCUGACGCUGCACAGCAUAGCGCUGUUGGCGGCGGCGUUGGAGAGCGUCGCGACGUGUGCGGCGGCCGCCGCCAGCCCGGCUGCUAGCGCCUUGGCACCGGUGCUGACGACAGGGGCGGCGGCGGCCGCAACAGCCACGACAGGCGCCGCUACAGCCGGAGCGGGUGCAACGGCAGUAGCAGGAGCAGGUGGCACGUACUGGGCCUCCACGCCUACCAGCAGCUCCGCGCCGACGGAGUGGGCAUCCGCCGUCGCGAGCGGCCUCUGCAGCGGUCCGGAGGGUGCUGACUCCGCGCACGCCUCCUCCGCCUCCAACGCCAUCGGUUUUAACUGGUCCGCCUACGCGGUGCUGUCGGGCGCGCGCUCCGUGGAGCGGGAGCUGGACGCGGCGGCGGCACCAGGCGCCGCGGCCGCAGCCGCGGCGGCGGCGGCGGCGUCCGCGCUGGCGUCGGCGGCAUCCGGCGCGGCGACAAGCACCGCGUCGGGGCUGGCUAUGGCGUCGGCGGUAUCAGCGGCCGAGGAGGACGGCUUGGUGGUGGCGGCGCCGCCGCUGGCGCCGCAGCAGGAGGAGGCGGCGUGCGGGCACGGUCACCGACAAGACGCGUGGCCCGAGCUCGGAGAGAUACAGUACCACAACAAUGCCCUGGCGCGGAUGUGCGGCUACAGCUGCCACGAGCUGAACGGCUUGGGGCUGGCGCAGCUGCUACAGCCGCCUCACCAACAGCAGCCGGCGUUAGCCGCGUCUGGCGGCGGCAUCGGCGGCGGCGGCGGCGGGCUGUGCCUCCGUGACCUGGCGACGGCGCUCCUGGAUGGAGCGCCCACGCAGCUCGAGCUGCCGUUGUACCACAAGACCGGCCGGCAACUGUGGUGCAGGCUGUCGCUGUCGCCGCUAGGGCCUUCGGGUGGAGCGUCGGUUGAGGAGGAGACGGAGCAUGUGCAUGCGGGGUGCUGCGGCUCGGCGGCCUGCAUGACAGCUGCCAGUGAGUGGCGCCACACGGCCUCUGGCGGCGGCCGCAGCGACGACGCAGCCGCCCUAGUGCAGCCGCGCGGCUGCAGUGUCACCAAGACCGACAGCUGUAGCAGCAGCAGCCUGGGCAGCGCGAGCAGUGAGCGCAUCGCAGGCGGCAUCACAAGCGAGGGCACGGCUGGGCACAGCCGCAAGAGCAGCACAGAGCUGCACGGAAGCGCCGGGUACGGUGCCCCCGCCAUUGGGGUCACCGCGUCGGUUGUGGCUUCGGCUCCUGCCUGCCUUAAAGAGAUGCGGCUCGGCGGCAUUGCCCAAACAGACAUGGGCGCAUGCGCAGAGCCUCCAUCCGCUAGCCCGCCAGCAGUGCAGGUGGGCAUGGCUGCAGCCACAAAUGCAGUGACAGCGGUGGCAGCAGCAACCUCAAGUGCACAGUCACAGGCACAUUUGCAUUCAUGCCGCGGCGGCGCGCAAGCUGUAGACGACGUAAUCGGGCCGUUCUGCACGUCCGUCACCCUGGCAGCGCCGCCGCCGCCGGCAGCGGUUUCAUUUAACGCGGCCCCGCAGAAGCCGCCACAGGCGCGCGUGCGUCACCCGGGCUCUCAGCAGAUAUUCAGUUUCGAGCCUGCAGUCACGCACGACGACGCAGAUGAGGAGGCCGCGGCGCAGCACCCACAGCACCAGGAGCUGGCGCCCGGCCAGGGGCCGUCGCAGGCAACGGCGCGGCGGUUUCUGGUGACCUUCCAUGACCUCACUUCGGCGCCGCGCCGUUGCCUACAGCUUCGAGAGGAGCUGCGGCAGCUGCAUCUGCAGCAGCAGCAACGCCUUGUGGCCGACGCACACACCAUUUCGGGCGCGGCGGCUGCAGGCGCAGACGAGCAAGCGACGCGGCAGCAACAGGCCGCACAGCCGCCGCGACCGCAACAGGCGGGUCGUGCGCAGGCACAUGAGGGACAAGCAACAACACAGCCGCAACAGGCGCAGCGGCAGCCGGGCGCAAAUUCAAUAACGGCCGCACAAGCAGAGCGGGCGCUGGCGGCGGCACUUCACUCCAUGGUCCCGCAGGCCGCCGCCGCGGCCGCGGCCGCCGCCGCCGCUGCGGGAGCGCCGGCCCUGGUCGGCCCAACAACGGUGACGUCAGCUGCCGCCGCAGCCGCCGCCGCGGCCGCCGCCUGCGGCUUUGGCGGCGGCCCUGCGGGCCUGCGUGACUUUGCGCUGGACUGUGUUCGUGAAGGCAUCACGAUCUCGGACCCCUCGCUGCCCGACAACCCCAUUGUGUACACCAACCAGGCCUUCCUGGCCAUGACCGGCUACAGCCGCGAGGAGGUGCUGGGCCGCAACUGCCGCUUCCUGCAGGGUCCCGACACUGACCCGGGCUCGGUGGCCGCCAUACGUGAGGCGCUGUCGCAGCGCCGCGGCGCCACCGUGCGCCUAGUCAACUACACCAAACAGGGCUGCCGCUUUGUGAACGAACUGCGGCUGGCGCCAGUGCGGGAGCCGGGCAGCGGGCGUGUGAUCGCCAUCGUGGGCGUACAGAAUGACGUCACAGAGCUGCUGGCUCGCACCCAGAGCGAGGCGCGCAUGCGUGACGCCAAGGAGGCUGCGGAGUCGGCGACUGAGGCCAAGUCCCAGUUCCUGGCCAACAUGAGUCAUGAGAUCCGCACCCCCCUCAACGGCAUGAUCGCCACCACACAGCUGAUGCUGGCGUCCACGCUCACGCCCGAGCAGCGCGAGCUGGCUGAGACCAUCCUGGAGUCCGGCUCCACGCUGCUGUCCAUCCUGGGCGACAUCCUGGACUUCUCCAAGAUAGACCACGGCAGCCUGGAGCUGCAGCGGCGGCCGCUGUGCCUGAGACAGGCCACGGAGGCAUGUAUCGACCUGGUGGCCGCGGAGGCCGCCAAGAAGGGCCUGGCGCUGGCCUACCUCGCCGCAGACCAGGCCCUGGAGCGGCCGCUGCUGGCCGACCCCGUGAGGCUACGACAGGUGCUGGCGAACCUGCUGUCCAACGCGGUCAAGUUCACCGAGAAGGGCGAGGUGGUGGUGCGGCUGGAGGUGCGGCGGGCGGCUGACUGCCGCAACCCCCACACAGCCGCUCCGCUGGCCCCGCCCGGCGCCUGCACCUCCACCACCACCGCCCUCACCACCACUGGCGUCAGUGCUGCUGCCACAGCCGGCGCUGGAAACGGCAACGGCAGUAGCGGCGCUGAUAACGUCUACGGUGGGCCGGAUGGCUGGGUUGUGCAUUUCGCGGUGACGGACACGGGCAUCGGCAUCGGUGAGGAGUCUGCAAAGAAGCUGUUCCAGCACUUCCGUCAGGGCAGCGAGACCAUGAGCCGUCGCUACGGCGGCACCGGUCUGGGGCUAGCCAUCAGCAAGCGGCUGGCGCAGCUGAUGCAUGGCGACAUUUGGGUGGAAUCCAAGCUAGGUGCCGGAUCCACGUUCCAUUUCACGCUGGCGGCGGACUGGGCGCCGCCAGGCACGCCGCUGGGCGACGGCGGCGUCGGCCGCGGCGGCGUCGGCUACGUGGUCGGCUACGUCGGUGGUGGCGUCGGCGGCGCCGCCAUUCCCGGCAGCGGCGGCGGCAGCGGCGGCGGCAGUGGCGCAGGCGGCGACGACAGCGUCUGGUCUGCCAGCAGCGGCGGCAGCAGCGCCCGGUCGACGCCGCUAGCGACGCCGGCCGAGGGCUGCACACCGCGCACCUCCACCGACGAUCCAAACUACCUGCCCAUCGGCGGCGCCAGCGCCAUCGCCGCCGCCUCCGCGGCGGCCGCCGCCGCCGCCAUGGGCAGCGACGGCGGCGUCGGCGCGAUGGCGGCGGGCGCCGCGCGGGGCCGGCCGCCGCCGGACGGCUCCCGCACGAGCAGUGGCAGCAGCGCCAGCGGCCGCGGCGGCAGCGCCAGCGGUCGUGAGCUGCGCACGUCGCCGUGGCGGCCUGACGGCACGCCCAUGCCUGACAGCGGCGCAGCGACCGCAGGCACAGCCAGCGGGACCGUCCGCAGUGCGGGCGCUGGCUCGGUCCGCAGCGCCGGCGCUGGCUCAAUCCGCAGCGCCGGCAGCUUGGGCAGCGACGUCGGCAGCGCGCCUAGUACGCCGCCGCCGCUCGGCGCUUUCUUUGCCGCGUCAGGCCUGCCGGCGGCUGGCCGCUCUGGCGGCGGCGGCGGCGGCAGCGGCACCGGCAGCGGUACCGUUACGCCUGGUAGCGGUGUCGGCGGCGCCAGCGGCGGCGCCUCCGUUGCUGCUGCGGUGGCGGCCUGCCGCGGUGUGACGGCAACGGAGGCGGUGGAGGAGCGCACUGCGCUGACGGGCCGCACGGUGCUGAUCGACAUCUCCCACGCCGCCACCUCGCAGCAGGUGUGGAACAGCUGCAGGCAGCUGGGCCUGGUGGCGGUGCAGGCGCGGGCCUGCGCCGUGCCGCCGCCGGCACCCCCGCCAACGCCACCGCCAGCGCCGCCGCAAGCUGAGCAAGAGCUUGCGGCGCCGCGCACUGCCCGCUCAGCAACCACGCCCGGCCUCGGCGCCAGCAGCAUCAUCAGCGGCGCCGGCGGCCUGGCUUGGUCCACGGCGGCGGCGGCACCGCCACCGGCAGCAGCAGCAGCGGGCGCCGACGGCGUCCUCGGCGCCCUCGCUGCUGCCGCGGCCGCAGCGAACGAAGCUUUCAGCGGAGACGCAUCGGCGCCCACACUCGCCGCCGGCCUGUUACUGGCGUCUGCCGCCGCGGCGCCCACUGAUGGAGACGCGGGCGCGGGCGCAUGCGACGACGGCUCUUCCUUGGACAUGCUGCGGUUGCCCGUGGGCGCACACGAUGUCGACGUGGCGGGCUCACCGCCGUCAGCACUGCUGGCCUCAGCGCUGCCGGAGCUCGCGCCCUCGCCGCCACCUGCUGCCGCUCUCGCCUCCUCGCAGCCCCACCACCUCCAGCCGCCCCAAGCGCCACCACCCUCACCGCCGUCACAACCGCCGUCACAACCGCCGUCACAACCGCCGCCACCGCCGCAGUUUGACAUCCUGGUCGUGUCCAUGGACCGCCUGGUCCCGGCCUUCAAGGCCGGCUGGAAGGGCCGCGCGGUGGUGGCGCUGGGCGACCGCGAGGCACUGCCGCCCACGCUGCAGCCGCUGGUGGUUGCGGCGGCGCUGCCGGUGCGGCACGGGCGCCUGGCGGCAGCGCUGGUCAAGGCGACGGCGCUGCUGCGCUGGAACGGCACGGGCGCUGGCGGCGCGCCCAAGCUGGCCAACGCGCCCAUUCCCAACGAGUGCAUUCAGAACCUCAAAUCCUGGCGGCUGCGGCGCGGCGGCACGGACGCCGACUCCAUGCUGCGCCGCACCUCGCUGGACAACUCAGCCCUGGAGCGAGCCGCCAUGAUGCGCGUGCUGAGCGCAGCAGCAGCAGCAGCAGGCGGCGGCGGCGGUGCCGGUGGAGGAGGUGGUGGAGGCGGCAGCGGCGCCGGGGGCACUGGCGGCCCUACGGGCCUGGGCAUGGGCGUGUUGGGCGGCAAGGGCGUGGCUGGCACGCGUGCGUCGCCGGGCAGGAUUGCUGCGGCGCCGUCCAUUCCGGAGCAUGCGGAGCUGCCCUCGCUCCCUGGCGAUAGCAAGGGACCCUUCAUCCCCUUCCCCAGCCCCACCGCGGCACCUGCCCUGCCGGCGCCGGCAGCGCUCUCCGCGGCCGCACCCGUCCCGCCGCCGUCCUCGUUCGCUGCUGCGGCCGCCGCCAACACAACCGCGGGGCAUGGAGGCUUCGGCUCACCAGUUUAUUCGGUCGCCGCCGCGGCAAUAGCCGCCGCCGCCGCCGCCUCAACUGCCGGGCAGCGGCCGCCGCUGGCGGCGGCGCCCGCCAACGGCAGCGGUGCCGCUGCCCUCUUCGCGCCGCCGGCCACCGCCCGCGCGCCGACUUCUGCGGGCCCGCUGGCCGCCUUCGGCCUGGCAACCGCAACCCCAACGCCCGCCAACGGCGCCAACGGUAACGGCAACGGCACGUCGCACCUGCAGCACCUGCGCAUUCUGAUCGCGGAGGACAACAAGGUGAAUCAGAAGGUGGUGCUCAAGGUGCUGCAGCAGAUCCUGCGCGGCUGCACGCCGCCGGAUGUGGUGGAGAACGGGCUGCAGGUGCUGGCGGCGUUGCAGAAGAAGACGUACGACCUCAUUCUCAUGGACAUCCACAUGCCCGAGAUGGACGGGCUGGAGGCAAGCAAGCGCAUCCAGGAGACCUACAAGCCCGAGGACAGGCCGCGCAUCAUCGCGCUGAGCGCUGACACCGUGCAGACUCUGCACGAGCGCUGCCGCGAGGCCGGCAUUGAGGCGUUCCUGGUCAAGCCCUUCCGCAUUGAGGAGCUGGCCCGCGUCAUGCGCAGCGGCUCCGGCAGGCCCCUGCGCAACAGCGCCGGUGGCAACCCGCUGCCGCCCGUGGCCGUGUGAGCAGCAGCGCGCAGGGGCCGAGCACGCGUGAGCAGCUGAUAAGCAGCCGGCACAAGGGACGGGGGGGAGAGAGGGAAUGGCUGGGAGCUGAGGGGGCAGCGAGCAGGGCAUAACAAGCGGCCAUAGGGCAUGGCGGCACGCGCACCCAUACCGAGUGUGUUUCCUCGCCGUGGCUAGCCACUGCCUGUUGUGUGCACCGCUGCAGCUUUGUAAGUAUUAUGGUAAGAGCUGGGCUUGGUUAUGUAUAUAGAGAAGCUGCGACCACUGGCAAGAAUCGGGGGCCGAGUUGGCUUUGGCAAUGCCGGCCGUGCGGGUGUUGCGGCGAGUGCACAGUCGCCUCAAAUUCCGGCGUCGCAGCGUGGAAACUAUGUGCGGAUAAGGCACUGGAGGCACAUAUGUAGGUUCGGCGUGUGGGCGAGAGCCUCGGAUUUCCCUAAUACCGUGGGGGCGUGUCACAUCGGAGGGCGCUGUAGGUUGACAGGUCGGGGUGUCCGUAUCUUUCGAGUGGUUGCAAGAGCUCUGCUUGGCCCAAUGUCAUCGCAAGCGAGCAGAGUGAGUACAAUCAGUAUGCCAUACCUCAGCAAUAACGCUUGGCGGUUACGAAGUCUCUGGCGGGGGGUGACUGUGUCGGCGCAUGCGAGCUCUUAGUGCCCAGAAUUCUGGCAAUUGUGGGUUGCUUGUUGUCCUUCCGGUAUGGCAUACGGGCGAGCUGGCAACAGGGAUGCCGUUACGUGUGGGACAGGCCAUGUAUCGCGUAACCAGAUGGCGGAUGCGUGUGUGAGGCGAAUACUGCGGAGACAGAACAGGUAGGCGGGAUGGGGCCAAAUGAUAGACGUGUUGACACAAUCUGAGUAGGCACGCCCCGCCACGCCAUAUCACGUGAUCAAGCAUGGACGAAUGGAUGGCAGGGCGCUGUCAUUGGUCUGACGGUUGGGACGCACUGAAGGGUUUGUAGGACAACAUAUGCGCUCGAGCAUACAGUUGUAUUUGUUUCCAGCAGGAGUUUUGAUGUGGAGUGGCGGCUUCACGCACCAGUCACCGCGGUGACGGCUGUGAGUACUUAAAAUAUGACGGAGCAGUGUGGAGAUGGGUGCGACGCGCGGUAGCAACAAACAACGCACAGCUGCCAGCAACAUAAGCGGGAAGAGACGAUGCAUGUUCGACGGCGGAAAAUUUGCUUAGUACCGUUGCUUCUACAAGGGUAUUGAUGUGGUGACGCAAGUGUGGUGCGCACCGUUUUUGCGUUGGUGCGGGGUCCACUACUUGCCGCAGGUUUUCCAUGCUGCAACGGCAGAUCCUUAAACUGUAAUACGAGGUGAGA